CUCGCGCGUCUUGCCCCUCCUCUAUGCCCCUCCACACUAACCCUAGCUGCUCCCCACACCGCCGCCACCGCCGUCGUCACCCUAACCCUAAACCGCGCCCGCCUCCCUGCCCCGCCGCCGGGCGCCCCGGCACCCGCCUCGCACUCGCGCCGCCGCCAUCGCCCCCUCUACUGUUCCUCCCGCCCGUGCUCCUCCUCCCGGCUCCUCAUCCACGGCCUCGACGGCGCCCCCGUGCUCCACCUCGAGGCGCACUGUGCUGGCCGGGCGCGCUACGUGCUCUCCUACGAUGCCGGCCGCCGCAUCUACGUCUUCACUGAGAACGGCAGGCGUCCGCCCCCCGCGCGGACAUGACUCCUCCUCUUCCCUACCUCGGGGGGCGCGGAGAUGCUGACGGAGAAGCCCAGCUGGGUUUGCCAUGACGGCCUAUAGAUCUUCUCCAUCGAUAUCCAGCCCAGUGGCCUCCGCUUCGCCAUGGGAGGUGGCGACCAGAAGGUUCGCAUAUGGAACAUGAAAUCAGUGAGCAAAGACAACCAAAAUGAUGAUUCCAAUCAAACAUUUCUGGCUACAAUGCGUGACCAUUUCGGAUCAGUAAACUGUGUGAGAUGGGCCAAGCAUGGACGCUAUCUUGCUUCCGAAUCAGACGAUCAAGCUAUCCUAAUUCGUGAAAGGAAAGCUGGUUCCAGUACAUCUGAGUUUGGAAGUGGAGAGCCUGCAGAUAUAGAAAAUUGGAAGGUCAUUAUGACCUUAGGGGGCAUACUGCAGACGUGGUAGAUCUAAGUUGGUCCCCUGAUGACUCGACGUUGGCUAGCGGCCGCUUGGACAAUACUGUUCACAUUUGGAGCAUGACAAACGGUAUUUGCACUGCCAUCUUGCGGGGGCAUUCCAGCUUAGUUAAAGGAGUUGCUUGGGAUCCUAUUGGAUCUUUUAUUGCAAGCCAGUCAGACGACAAGACUGUUAUCAUACGGUGUACGAUUGACUGGAGUCUUGCUCACAAGACUGAAGGCCAUUGGUCAAAAUCUGUAUGUUAUGUUUCAUGCAAUUUUGUUAUCAAUUUACUGUUUCCAUGUUUGACAUGUCUUUUUUUUCAUCCAUAGUUUUUUUGUUCUUUUUAUUCAGUUCAAGUAGUCAUUCUUUGGUUCUAUUCUGUAUGAAAACCAUCUGCAGAGAAAUUAACAAUAUAAUAUAUGCUUAUUAUCAGUUCA